CUGUAUAAGUGCGAUCCCAAACCCAAAUUACUUCAGGGUGCCUAUGAGCUUUCCAGUUUUGGCUUCUUCCAGCGUUCUAGCAUCCAGGAAUUUUUAGACUUUACUUCUAAGCUUGUUUGCGAAAGGACAGACUAUUGCGCUAGAUCGGCUGUACAGGAGAGAGACUACUUUUGUCACAUUUUCGUCAGACAUGAUAACCUCUGUGGUGUCGUAUUUUCUGACCAGGAGUAUCCCCAAAGAGUCGCCCAAACACUACUCACUAAGACUUUAGAGGACUUUACAACCGAAUACCCACCAUCAACUUGGUCAACAUUAUCCACAGGGGGAGCAAAUAUGCGAAAGUUGGGAGAAUAUCUCGUAAGGUAUCAAGAUCCUCACCAGGCGGAUAGCUUAACAAGACUCCAAGCUGAUGUUGCGGAUACUACGCAAAUUCUCCAACAAACGCUCGAGACACUAAUCGAGCGCGGUGAAAAACUCGACGACUUGGUCAGCAAAUCGGAGGAUCUCAGUUCUCAGUCAAAACUUUUCUACCAAACUGUAAGUACAUUUUCUCCUUUUGUGUUCUAA